AUGCUGGAUUGUAGAAAUGUACUCGAUCUUAACAUUAGCAAACUUAGUCACUGUAAAAGUUCCGUUGCACGCGGCCUUACCAUGCCUCGACAAGUAGACAACAUAAAGGAGUUCCUCCAUAUGACACAAAGAGCAGACGCCAAGUCUGUUAAGAUUAAAGAAAACAAAGACAACGUCAAGUUUAAAAUCAGAUGCAGUCGAUUCCUAUAUACGCUUGUAGUCGUGGAGAAAGAAAAAGUUGGAAAAAUCAAGCGUUCACUCCCACCAAAUCUUACUGUGAAGGAACUUUAA